AUUUUUUAGAUCUAAUAUUACAAAUAUUUCUGUUGCUGCUGUUAAAAAAUGAAUUCAAGAGAAAAACUCAGUUUUAAUUACUACAGGAAAGAUAUCGAAACCUUAUUUAUGAAAGAAUGUGAACUAUUAGAGAUGUGUGCAAGUCAAUAUGACUUGAAUAGUUGGGCAUCAGGAGAAACUUUCAUAGUAGAAUUAGCAAAUCCAAAGAAAAAAACAAAAGCGGUCCAGGAGCUGUUGAAUUACCUCAGUGAAAUUUCAAUAGAUGAAACACUUAAAAUAUUAGAAACUAUUAAUGAUAAUGGUAAUAAACAAGCUGAACAACUUAAAGAAAAGUUAAAAGAUCAGACAUAUGUUUGGCAUAAACUGGUAGCUGCCACAAAGGAACAGAGGAGGGAUGACUGUGGUUUGAUUUUCCUUCUUCCAUUCAUUGGGACAAAACAAGCGAGGAUUGAAUAUAUCAAUACUCCAAUCAAAAUGUUACAAAUUACAUCCGAGAAUAUUAUUGAAAGAAAACUUGUAGAUACAGAAGUGACUUAUGAGAAUUUUUUCAAGAUAUUCUAUGAGAAAUCUUACAAUAAAAUCUUGAUUGAAGGAAAACCUGGAGGAGGAAAAAGUGUUCACAUGAAAAAUCUUCUCUUUAAAUGGUCCAAGAUUGAAGAUAAGGACAAACUGUUUAUAUUUCUCAUUUUGAAGAAUGUUCAAAUGGAAAAAAGUCUUUAUGAGGAGAUUGUGGAACAAAACUUUAAAAACAUUCCAUUCAUUAAUGCCAACAUUGUUGAAUUAUUCUUCACUGAGAAGAGAAACGAUGUAAUAUUGCUUUUAGACGGAGCAGAUGAAUUUCAUUUAAAAAAUCACAAAAUCAAUUCUAUAUUAAAUGCACGAAAAACAAAUAUUCCAACUGCAAUAUGGUCUCGCAAUUGGAAGGCACAAAUGUUUGAAAGUACCUGUGAUAUUGCAUUUGAGCUUAUGGGAUGGGAUACUAUUCAAAUGGAAAACUUCUUUAGUAAGUGUUUUAUCUCCAAGGAAAAAAGUGCAAAUUUUAUUGAAAAGGUUAUAAAUAAUAAUUCCAACAUUAAAAGGUUGUGUAAAAUUCCAAUUUUAGCAAUGAUUCUCUUCCAUCUUUGGAAUGAAAAAAAAGAUAUUUCUAAAAAAUCUUUAUAUGAAAUUUAUGAAGAUCUUGUUAAGAUUAUCCUCGAAAAGAAUAGAAAGAUCUUGAAAGAAUCUGACCAAAACCGUCUUUGUGAAUUGUCUUUCAUGAAUCUUGCUAAAAACAAAAUUAUCUUACCCAAAGAUAGCAAUGAACAAGAAGUUUUUAAAGAAGGUUUACAGUGCUUAAUUCAAGUUAUUCCAACUGAAUCUGAUAAAAUAGAACUACAUUUCUAUCAUUUAUCAUUUCAAGAGUUUUUUUCAGCCCAGUUUCUAAUAAAACAAUUUAGACAAAGCAAUAGAAACACUUUUUUGUCUAGUAUGGAUAAUUUAUUCAAAGAAACAAAUAAUUCCACCAUUUAUAAUGUAAUUGACUUUAUAAAAGAAUACUGUGAAGACAUCUUUAAUGAUAUUAUACUCUACUCCGAACUUGUAAGAAAAAUGUACAAUUGUAGUGACAAUAUCAAAAAGAUUUUAUGUCAAGAUUGGGAUGACAGUGAUACCAUGAAUUUAGAAAAUGAUGAUAUUCAUGAUUAUAUUCUGGAAACUUUAAUAAAAAAGAUUGGAAAGUUCAUAAAAAUUGUAAAGAUUGUCAAUACAAAUAUCAACACUAAACUUUUAUUUGAAAUGCUUUUUUCAAAUGCUGAUGGUUUAAAGAAACUGAUAAUACAUCAUACAGUUUUUUCGGAUUAUAGUUCAAAUAAUAUAUUCUUAUCGAAAUAUUUGUGGAAUUUAGAGCAAUUGGAAAUUAGGGAUUGUUAUUUGAAUGAACAGACUCUGGAAUAUGUUGAAAAAGUCAUAGGAUAUUGUCCUUCACUAAAAAUUUUCAUUCUAUCAGACAACAAAAUGUUGGGAGAUGGGUUUAAUGCAGUUUGUGAAAGACUAGCAUCACAAAAAAUUACUCAUAUUGAUGUUUCCAACUGCCAUUUGAAUAACCAAGAAAUUAUAACUCUUGGAAAAACAAUUGCACAGUGUUCAGGAUUAGAAAAUAUAGAUUUAUCAUAUAAUAAACAAAUAGGAGAAAUAUUUGAAGUAAUAUCUGAUGGAUUGAAAACUCCCUUGAAACAUCUAAAACAAAUCAAAUUGGUUGAAUGUGGUCUAACUGAGAAGCAAGCUGUAAGUCUUCACAAAAUUAUUCAAGGUUGCUCCUGUCUGGAAAUUAUAGAUUUAUCAGGAAAUCAAAAUGCAGAGUUGGGAAGAAAUUUUGGAAGAGACUCUUUUAAAAGUUUAAUAAAAGUAUACCUUAAAUAUUGUUGUGUAAGAGAAAAAGAAGCAAUUCUUCUAGAAUCUUGCUCAUUUCUACAAUGUUUAGAUUUAUCUGAAAAUAAAUUAAUGGGAAAUGGAUUUAAAAAUAUUUGUAAUGGAAUAUCUUCAUCAUGUGGGUUUAUAAAAGAAAUAAACCUAAAAAGUUGUAAUCUAACUGAAAAACAAGGAGAAUGGCUUGGAGAUGCCUUGAAAAAUUGUAGUUUGUUAGAAAGUGUUAGUUUAUCAUAUAAUAGAUUAGGUGAAAAAGCUUUGGAAACAAUAUGUGAUGGAUUAAUGUCAUCUUCUUCCAAACUAAGUGAAAUCAACCUAACAAGCUGUUUCUUGAGUAAAAAAAGUGCAAAUUCCCUUUCAAAAAUAAUACAAGGAUGCACUGCAUUAGAAAGCAUUGAUUUAUCUGAAAAUGAAGAAUUAGGCAGAGAAUUUGUAAAAAUUUUUCAAAACUGCUCUGAAAAAUUAAAAACUCUUAAACUCUCUAAUUGUAAAGUAAAUCAAGUUGAUGCUCACAGUCUACAAAAGUUGACACAAAUUUGUUCUUCAUUAGAAAUUGUUGAUUUAUCACAUAAUAAGGAAAUGGGAAAUGGAUUUCAAUCAAUUUGUUGGCAAUGGUCAAAGGGUAACUCAUUAAAAGAAAUAAAUUUGUCUUAUUGUAAUCUUUCCAAAACAGAAGGAGAAGUUCUUGGAAAAGCACUUGAGAAAUGUCACAGUCUAACAACUCUAGAUUUGUCAGGAAAUAAAAAAAUUGGAAAGGCAUUUUAUGAAAUCUUCAAACAACUGCAAUUUUGUAAGAAACUGAAAGACAUUAAUAUAUCAGCCUGUCAAAUUGCUAUAGACACUGCUUUUUAUUUUAGAACAGCAAUUGAGGGUCAUACUUCAAUAGAAACUAUAAAUGUGUCAUCAAACCAUAAUAUUGACAUGAUUUUCCAAACACUAAUGUCAUCUUCUUCAGCAUUAAAGAAAAUCAAUAUAGCAAACUGCAACUUAAACAACCUGGAAGCAGUUCUUUUCAAUACUUUACUAAAACAUUGCAGAGCAAUCAGAGAGAUAAAUUUAAAUGAUUUGUACAGAAUUUACAAAGAUCUAUGA